AUGUCGCCUGAAAAGCCUAUUGCGAUUUCGAAACCCGCAAUCCGAAACCAUCCGUGCAUCCCCGCUUCGAGCUGUCCACCGCCCGCAGUUCCGCUUUACUCGACGGUGAAAGUCGAGAAUGGAGCCGCGACCUACACGUGCGACACCGGAUACGAAUUGUUCGGUAGCGGCACGAGGAAGUGUCACGACAAUAAAUGGGAGGGCAAGCUCCCUUAUUGUGCAACAAAUGUGGCCCUCAACAAGCCGUCGACGCAGUCGAGCGUGUCGACCAAAAAUCCCGCCGGGCCAAAGCUAGCCAACGAUGGCGAUAUGUCGACGGUGGGCGAAAAGCCCGUAUGCACAGAAACCAAAGUUGAGAACUCGCCCUGGUGGCAAGUGGAUCUCCUGCAAACGUACGAAGUUCGAGUGGUGAAAAUCUUGACGCGAGGCUGCUGCGGGCAUCAACCCUUGCACGAUAUCGAAAUCCGAGUGAGCAACUCCAGUUCUCUGACCGGCUCGAGACUAUGCGCCUGGUUCCCGGGAACGCUCGAAGAUGGCGCCAUGAAGGAGUUUGCCUGCGCCUAUCCGAUCGUUGGACGCUACGUCUCGGUGCAGAUGGUCGGCGGAGACGGAUCCCUUUCCCUGUGCGAAGUUCAGGUUUUCAGCACGCAGGAGCUCUCGGUGGGCAUGUGCGGACACUUCGACGAUGUGGUGUCGAUUCUGCGAAAUUGUUACGAGUUCCAUCUGCAGGGCGGGAGUCGCAGGAACGCCGAAGAGCACUGCGAGAAGCGAGGGGGAUUGCUCGCCUACAACGUCGAUAGGCGGACGCUGCCGUUCAUCGGAAGUGAAUUAACUCGACGCAAUAACAACAAUCAGUUGAAUCAAGGCCUCGUCUGGAUCGGGGCGACUCUUAAACGGGGCAUCGGCCCGGGAAGACGAGGCUGGUUCUGGAGCAACGGCGAGAACAUCGCGAGCUCUCAGCUACUUUGGGGAGAGGGUCAACCCAAUAACUACAACAAACAGCAAAACUGUAUUGUGCUCGACCAGAAACUCUCCUGGAUGUUCAACGAUUUCAACUGCGAUCUCGAUUACUUGCCCUGGAUCUGUCAAUACGAACCCGUUCGAUGCGGUAGUCCUGACGUCAGCGAGAAUUCCACGCUAGUCGGUAAAGACUUCGGUGUUCUUCGGACCGUGAAGUACGGAUGUCCAGUGGGCAGCGUCAUUCAAGGCGACGCAGAGAGAACUUGUCAGAAAACUGGAUUCUGGAGUGGAACCGCUCCUACAUGCAAACACGUUGACUGCGGAUCGUUGAGGCAUAUCGCGAACGGGAAAGCCGUUCUCCGAGACCUCAGAACGACAUUCAACGCGACAGCUGUCUAUAUUUGUGAUACGAAUUAUACUCUUGUCGGAGAGGAAGCCCGUCGUUGCGCCAAGACAGGUUUCUGGACAGGCCAGGAGCCGAAAUGCCAGCUGAACUUCUGCGGUACUCUGACUCCACCCGUCAACGGUAGCAUCCAAUUAGAGGGUGUGAAGGCAGGCAAAGACGCCGUAUACUCAUGCAACCGGGGCCACGCACUGAUAGGGGUGGCCAGGAGGAAAUGUAUGCUCGGAGGGCAAUGGACCGCUACGGCUCCCACUUGUCGGUAUGUCGACUGCGGAAAACCGUCCCCUCCGGAGAACGGAAACAUCAACUUCGUCAACAAUACAUGGGACUACCAAUCGAUUGUCACUUACUCCUGUAACAACGAUUACACGCUCGUUAACGGUGACGUGACGCGGACGUGCAACGAACGCGGAGUGUGGUCGGGUCGCGAACCCGAGUGCCGCAUCAUCGCGUGCUCGCCGCCACCGAUACCCAACGGGGCGUACAUCAAGGCGGACGGAAGUCAAUUGGUCAACGUGCACUCUAGCGUAGAAUACGGCUGUUUGAGCGGCUAUAAACUCAUGUCGGGUGAUCUCAGUCGGACGUGUCUCAAGAGUGGCCUCUGGUCGGGCACUCUUCUGCACUGCCAGCUCGUUGACUGUGGCAGAGUUCCGCCUAUUCUGAAGGGUGAAGUCAAGUACAUGAACGAUACCACGACGACUCUCGAUUCUGUCAUCAAACACAGCUGCAUAAACGGAUACCGAUUGGUCGGUUCAGAGACCCGAGUUUGCGGUGCGGACGGCAGAUGGACUGGAGUUUCGCCGAAAUGCGAAGAAAUCCGCUGCGAACCGCCCGACGUCGCCCCGAACACGACGGUUCUCUAUUCGAACAACGACCGCUCGUCGAUCGAUUCCUUCAAGGUCGGCUCGAGUGUCAUGUACAAGUGCAUGGCAGGACACAUCAUCGAGGGGGUAGCUCUUCGCAAUUGUCUACCUAGUGGGCAGUGGGACGGUACAGACCCUCCGACUUGUCAUUAUGUGGAUUGUGGCGCUCCUCCGAGCAUCCAGAACGGGGAAUUCCACGCACCGACGACGCAUUACGGGGCUCUCGUCGAGUACCGAUGCCACAACGGUUACAGACUCAGCAAUGGCGCUGAGAGGAGAUUGUGUCUCGAAAAUGGGACAUGGUCAGGAAGUGAUCCUGCCUGCGUCGAAGUCCUGUGUCCCGAACCGCCUCAGACCGACAGUCGAUUACUGGUCGAGGUUUCAUCGUAUAACGCUGGCUCCGUCGCUUCUUACUCUUGUCAAGAAGGUUAUCAAAUAGUUGGAGAAUUCACGCGCGUCUGUCGUCCGAACGGUCGCUGGGAACCGCCGAUCAUCCCGACGUGCAGUGUAAUCGACUGCGGGAGACCCGACCUCAUACCGAAUGGUCGAGGCCUUCUGGUCAACGGUUCCACAACCUACAAUUCACAUGUCGAGUAUGAGUGUCUCCAUGAAAAAAUCAGCAUCGGAGAGACGUUACGUGUUUGUCUCGCGAACGGCACCUGGAGCGGUCGCGAACCCUUGUGCGUCGAUGGCGGGUCCGACCAAGCGAACGACGUCGAUAACCUGCGUCUGAUACCACAGUACGAUGAGCAGACAUCGAGCUCAAUCGGUAUAUCGCUCGCGAUUGGGGGUUUGCUCCUCAUUAGCGUUCUCAUAGGUGCAGCCUGGAUUUGGAUGAAGCACAAACCGAGUCCACCUGUCAACAUACACGCACGCGCGCGAUACGUCGGUAAGAACCACAUCAGUUCGCCGAAGAACAACUAUCAAUCGACAACGCAACGACCUCCGUUCGACGCUGCAUCGAUGGCCGAGUACGCGAACGUCACGCCGCCGCCGUUGCCGCCCAAUCACCCCUCGAGUCAAUUCGUGACAUUCAAUACGCCACCGAUCGCCCUCCAGCAACAGAAUCUCUACAACGACAACAUGUACGACAACAGCGGGGACUCUAGUCAGCCCAUCUACGCCAACAUUCAGGAGGUGCAAGAGCAGACCCACCACGUCUGA